GAGUGUCUCGAUACCGUUCCAGGCAUAGACCUGCCAGCCGUCUACGCGUUCAUAGAAAAGCACACGUCAAAAGCAGCACGCACAGCGGCUUGGAAGGAGCGCUCGCACUGGAUCACCGACCCUAAGCGCGACGCUGCCAAGGCUGAGGCUCGGCGGCAAAGGGAGGCUUGGAGGAGGGCCGAGGCUCGGGCGGCGGAGCGGAAACGGAGCAAGCGCGCGGCCAAGAGGAAGCGGGGAGAAGGGGAGGAGGAGGGAGAUGAGAGUGAGGAAGAGAGUGAGGAGGAAGAGGAGGACGAUGAGGAGGAUGAGGUGGAUGAGGAGGACUGGGUUGGGGCAGCUGAGAAAGUUUUGGCGCACACACGUCCUAUUGCAGAGACGAGUAAGGGGGUGAUAGCACCGGUUGGAGCGAGUGGGUACCUGGAGCAGCUGCUGCGCGAUUGCGAGGAUACUAUGAUAGGAGAUGGGGAUGAUGAGAAGAAGAUGAAGCAAGCGAGGAGGAGGGUCAGGGUGAGGGUGAAGCGGCAGCAGCAGAAGCAGAAGCAGCAGGAACAGGAGUUGGCAAAAGAGGGGGGCGGUGAUGGGAAGCAGGGAACGGCAGGGAAACCGGCCCAAGGGACAGGUAAAGCUGCUGGCGAGAGCAAGGCAGGAAAGGAUAAGGAGGAGGAGAGAGAGAGCAAGCGACCGCGAGUUGUGCUGGUGGUUUCUACUGACAGCAGCGGCAGCAGCGACAGUGAGGGCGUGGAGAUGAUCCGUACCAGCAGCAGCAGUGGAAUGGAGGUGGAGGGGGAGGAGAUGGAGGAGGGGGAGGUGCGGGAGGAUCAGGUGGUGUUGGGAUCCGAUAGCCAAGAGUCAGACGACGUGAUUGUUGUGGGGGAGACACGUGGAAAGACGGAUAGGGAGGUAGAGAAGGGCGCAGUGAGGGGACCAGGCCUUGUGGGCAGAGCGGGACGGAAGGAAGGUGCGAAGGAAGAGGAGGAAGAGGAGGAGUGUUUGGUACGAUGCACUGUCUGCGGGCAAGAAACACCGGCUAAGAGAUCUCGAGUGCAUAGCACCCUCUCAGUCCCCCUCUGCCGAACCUGCCACGUGUCACGCAUCAACGUGACCUUCUCUGUGGACAAAUCGGACGGUACAGAGCAGCAGUGCCACUGGUGCGGGCUGGGGGGGCAUUUGUUGCUCUGUGACACUCCCAAGUGCCGCUUCACGUUCUGCCGUAGCUGCGUUUUAAGGAACUUUGGGGCGGCGGAGUAUAGAAGGAUAGAGAUCUCUGAUGCGGAAGGGGGAAGUCCGUGGAAGUGUUACUGCUGUGAUGCUGGCCCGCUGGCAGGGUUGCAAGCGGAAGGGGCGAAGGUGGUGGCGCGGAGGGGGGUGCGGGCAGCGAGGGGCGUGUGGGGGAAGAAGGAGAAGGAGGGUCAAGGGGAGGGGGAGAAGGGAGCGGGGUUGGAGGGAGUGGGGGAGGAGAAGGCGCGGGGAGAGGGAGGGGAGGGAGGCGAGAGGGAGGCGGAGGGAACAAAUGCUGAGAGGUGGAGGGCGUGCACGGUUUAUGUGGCAGAAGUGCAUUCACAGCAUGGCGCUGGUUGGUUGCCCCAAGGGGCCACCAAGGGGUUGGGUGAUGGAUGUGGAGGGCGUGCGGUUCAUGUGGCAGAACUGCAUUCACAGCAUGGCGCUCGUGCAGAGCGGGGAUCCCGGGUUCGAUUGGAUUGGCUUGUCUUGCCGGAUGAUGUCUCACCCACUCCACCUUCUGCCCCUUCCCCACCAUCCUGGCUCCCCAUCCCUUCUCUUCCUUCUCAGGUGGAGGGCGUGCGGUUCAUGUGGCAGAACUGCAUCCACAGCAAGGCGCUGGUCCAAAGCGGGGACCCCGGGUUCGGGUGCAUUCUAGCGCACUCCAUGGGGCUGGGGAAGACACUCCAAGUGAUCACCUUCGUGCACACCGUUCUGAACCAGUUCCACUCGCACGGGCUCAGAACGGUGCUGAUUGUGGCGCCUGUGAACGUGCUGCAUAACUGGAAGGAGGAGUUUCGGCGGUGGAUGCCAGUGGUUGGGAGCGGUGCUGCUGCGCGGGGGGGAGGAGCAGGAGGGGCGGGAGGAGGGGUGGGAGGAGUGGGGAAGGGAGGGGACGCUCUUUGCGUCCUAUGCUGCACUUGCCAAGGUGUGACGCACCCCUUCAUCCUCACCAUGCGGCGCCAGGAGGCAGAUGAAGCCGAGCCUGAUACUGACGCUGCUACCCUGGAGCCACACUUUUGUUCGCCUCUCACUCCCACCCCCUCGUGCCUUGCGUCUCUCACCCCCCCUUCCUCCCCCCAGUCGUGGUGGCAGGAGGAAGAGGAGGCGAUACGGCAGGGCGGGUUGGGGGUGAGCGGCAAGCUGACAAUCGCGCUGGACAUCCUGAGGCAGGCAGCAGCAGCGGGCGACAAAGUGCUCUUCUUCAGCCAGUCCCUGCUAACUCUCGACCUCCUUGAACUUCUACUUGCCGACAUGCACGAUCCUGUUGCUUCUGCUGCUGGUGGCGGUGCUGCUGGUGUGGGUGCAAAGUGGACAGCAGGCGUGCACUGGUACAGAAUCGACGGGUCUGUGAGUGCGGCGAGGAGGCAAACCAUAGUGAACCGGUUCAACGAGCCGCGCAGCAACCGGCAGGCGCGGUGUGUGCUGAUCUCGACGCGGGCGGGGUCGGUGGGAAUCAACCUGGUGGCGGCUAACCGCGUGGUGCUGCUCGAUGGGUCCUGGAACCCCGCGCAUGACCUGCAGGCCAUGUUCCGCGUGUGGCGGUACGGGCAGAACAAGAAGGUGUUUGUGUACAGGCUGCUGGCAGCAGGGACCAUGGAGGAGAAGAUCUACAACCGCCAGGUGGUGAAGGAGGGGCUAGCAGCACGGGUGGUGGACGAGCAACAGGUGGUGCGGCACUUCACAGACCGCGACCUGGACGGACUCUUCUCCCUCGAUGAUGAGCCUUCACACGCUCCACACCCCAACGGUCCGCACGCGGAGAAACACGCAGAGCAGCAGCAGGAGGGGGGAAGGAAGCAGGGCGGUGUGCAACAGCAGAAGGGCGAGAAGGAGGGAGGGCCAGGGGCAAAGCAUAAACAGGGAGGCGGGAUCGAGGGGGGGAAGGAGGGGGAGAUAGCAGAUGCAAUUAUGCGGAAAAUCCUAGCAGAUCACAAGGACAGGUGGAUUGUCAGGUGGCAUGAGCACGAGCCUCUGCUUCGGGAGGUGGAGCAUCACCUGUCUAAGGAGGAGAAGGAGACAGCCAUGAAGUCUUACUCUCUCCGCCUCCUGCGCUCUAUCGCCAUGGCUGUACCGGCGCACCUUCACGCACUUCCGCCGCUACCCCAUCCUUCCGCACUCGCUUCCCCAUCGCGCACGUCGCGCGCACUGGGCGCGCCGCAAUGCACUCUGCCUCUUAGACGGCGGGUGCACGACUUUCUCAGCGGCGAGCCUGCGCGUAGAACAGGGAGCAUCCAUGGAGAAUGGGAUGGAUCCGCGCAGCGAGGAUUCCGGGAAGGAGGGCGACGCGCCGGCGGUAGGGAGUCAAUAAUCGCAGCGAUUGGGGGAUCUAGUGGGGGAACUGCGGCGCCGUCGCGUGGGCAAGGGAGCGGCGUCCCGCAAGCCAACCACAUGUCAAGCUCAUCCGACUCGGACUCUGACACUUCUCCUGCCCGUCAAUCCCCCUCACUUUCCUCCUCCGCCUCCUCCUCCGCCCCCGCAUCCGCAUCCUCCGCUAAUUCCGCCUCCGCGCGCCACCGGCUCCGCGGGCUGCGCGCCGAUGACAUCCGCCACCCGCUGGACCGCCAGAACACCGCGCUCCUGCGCGCUAUUCCCGGGCUAAACGACCUGGGUCGCGUGCUCCUAGGCCCCGUACAGGAGCAGAUUCUCGUGCUGGAAAAUCUCGGGUCUGGAGUGCUCGUAUCCCCGCAGCAGCUGCCGUCCCUCCACGCGCUAAUGGAAGAAGCGGCCGUCGCGCUCGACAUGCCGUCGCCGCCGGACCUAUACGUGCGGCAGAGCCCCGUUCCUAACGCGUACACGCUCGCGAUCAACGGUCAGAAGCCGUUUGUGGUGGUGCACACGGCGCUGCUAGACCUCCUCUCACCACUCGAAGUCCAGGCCGUGCUCGCGCACGAGUUAGGGCAUUUAAAGUGCGAGCACGGGCUCUGGCUCACCUUCGCGAAUCUCCUCGCGCUCGGCGCCGCGAGCUCUCUGCCCGGGUUCCUCGGCACGAUGCUCGCGCGCGGGCUGGAGGACCAGCUGCUGCGGUGGCUGCGCGCGGCGGAGCUGACGUGCGACCGCGCGGCGCUGGUCGUCGUGCGCGAUCCCCGCGUGGUCGUGUCCGUGCUGAUGAAGCUCGCCGGCGGAAGCACCAGCGGAGGCGGAAGCGGAUGGGGUGUGGGGCGCGCCGGGGGAGGCCCCGGGGGAAAUGACUGGGGCUGGGCGGGGAUGGGGGUAGCCAGGGCGGGGUCGUCCGCGGGGGCUGCUGGCGUAGGGGGGAAUGAGGGCGGAGGUAGCAGAGGUAGCUGGUGGGCGGAAGAGCUGAGUGUUGACGCGUUUUUGGCGCAAGCGAGGUCUUAUGACGAGGCUGCUAAUAGCGGGCCACUUGCGUGGUACCUGCGGAACGCGCAGACGCGGCAGCUGGCGCACCCGUUGCCCGUCCUGCGCGCUAGAGAGGUGGACCGAUGGGCUAGAAGCCCAGAGUUUAAGGUGCUGAUGGGGCGAGGUAAUGUUCCAUCAGCAGGUAUGGUGGGGGCAGCCAAAGGGGCAGGCGCUGGUGGUGGCAAAACUGCUGGGAGCAGUGCGGAAGCUUCUGGGAAUGGCAUGUCUGCGCCGACUGCGCGGCUCGCCGCCCCUCCCUCCGCUUCCGCGGCUUCUGAUGCUUCUUCCGCCGGCGCGACCCCUCUUCUUCCGCUCCGCUCCGGAUCAUCCGGUCGUCCCCUCUCCCGCCAGAGCGCAGCGUUCUCCGCGCCUACUCCCGGAGAAUUCGCGCAACCUUCCUCCGCUUCCGCGCGGGGGCGUCGAGGCGCGGUGCUUGUUCGGGCUGAGUCGGUGGAAGCCAAAGGGGCAAGAGAAGAGACACAACCUGGCGUGGCAGCGUCUGCGUAUUCAGAUUCCGAGGGCGAAGACGCCUCCGCUCCGCGUCUCACGGUGGCGCAGAAGCUGCAGCUGCAGAUGUCUUCCCCGACCUCCCUCCCCGACGGCACCACCAUCCCGCUCCCCAUCGGCGGGCGGCGGCGCGUGCUCUCCGCCUCAUACCCGCUCGCCGCGUGGACGCCCGCGCAGAAGCGCAACCUGGCGCGCGCAACGCUGCUCAACAAGGUGGGGGAGCGGAACGACUCGCCGCUCUUCGCCACGAUCGGCGCGCUGGUUCUCGGUCCCCCUGUCGUAAUCCUUGCCGUCGCUUUUUUCUCCGGAUACGUCGACUUCCUGGGCUGA